GUUUGUUUGUUCGCUCCUGAAAAAUGACUGACCGUGGCAUGAGAGCUGUGGGGAGCGUGUGCAACGCAAUGGACAGCGCGCAACAGCCAGCAGGAACAAGCACAGCGCUGAUUGUUCGCAACGAAACGCCAUUCAACGCAGAGACACCCGCGAUGCUCCUGCCGCGCGCCGUUCUCACUCCAAGCAGCCAGUUCUUCAUUCGAUCGCAUGGCGAAGUGCCGAAUGUCAAUGUGCAGCAGUACAGACUCAAAGUUGGCGGCCUGGUGAAGAACGAACUGCUCGUCAGCCUGGCCGAUUUGUACAGGCUCCCUUGCGAGACGGUGUCUGCCACUGUGGUUUGCGCAGGGAACCGCCGAAAUGAAAUGUCCCGCAUCAGCCCCAUCAAGGGUGUUGGGUGGGACUCUGGGGCGAUUGGCAACGCAGUGUGGUCUGGAGUCAAGCUAUAUCGGCUGCUUGAGCUGGCGGGAGUGCAACAGAACGUCCGACACGUCUUGUUUGAAGGCUUGGAUCACAUUCACGAGCAGCAAGCGUCCACCUAUCAAGUGUCCAUUCCAUUGAGCAAGGCCGCAGAUCCAAAUGGAGACGUUCUGCUGGCCUAUGAGAUGAAUGGCGAGCCGCUUGCCCCUGCUCAUGGGUUUCCGCUCCGGGUCAUAGUACCGGGUUUUGUUGGCGCAAGGAGCGUCAAGUGGAUUCAGAGCAUUACCCUGAGUGACUGCGAAAGCGAUGGCAUGUUUCAGCAACACGACUACAAGCUGACGCCUGGCUUUAUUGACGCAGAAACCUUCAAGCGAGUGUGGCGCGAGUAUCCAGCCAUUCAGGAAAUGCCCGUGCAAAGCGCCAUCUGUUUCCCUCCGAAUGGCUACAAGCAUGCUUCCGGAACUCCGUUGACAGUGCGAGGCUAUGCGCACAGCGGCGGUGGGAAGCGAAUCACACGGGUCGAUCUGUCGGUCGAUGGCGGCAACUCCUGGUCACAUUCGGCCAUCCUGACGCGAGGAACAAGCAGUGAUGCGCCGUACGCUCACGACUGGUCUUGGACUCUGUGGGAAGUAGCCGUACCUUCGCUCUCCACGCCCUGUCAGCUUGCCUGCCGUGCAUGGGACGCCGCAGGUAACUCUCAGCCAGCAACGGUGGACUCGAUUUGGAACUUUCGAGGACUUUUAAACAAUGCUCAGCAUCGCGUCCGCGUGCUUCCAUCCGCCAGUCUCUGAUGUCUUGUAUUGAAUGAAUUCUGUUUGUUUCUUUGUUGCGGCGUUGUAGCCGAGCAGCCUGCGACCUCAUGAGCUUGUGCUGAAUUGCGUUGUUUUAGCUUUGUGAUGCUCAACUCCAAUCUGAUUUCCAAUCUGGUGUCAAUCAGUUGUCUGCUGUGAGCUCAGUUCUCAAACAUAAACAAUCGAC